UUUUGUAGUUCGAUAUUUUCCCCCUCACGACUCACUUCACAAAAUCACACUGACCACCAUCGACUCCGACCUUCAUCGACUCACGCCCGUCACAUGCACUACUUAGCAGGCCAAACCAUGCGAACCCUAAUCCUCCUUCCCUGAGCUUCGCUCGGCGCUUCUGCGGCCGCCUCCGAUGCCGACGACUUGUUCCUCUGCUUCCUCUCUUCCGCCAGAUCUGCUCGCCAUCUCCUCCUGCGUUGUGCGUGGUUCGAAUCUGCUGCUGCUGCUGCAGCACGAGCGUCCUGCCGCCGUCACCCGCCAGCGCCGUCGCCGCCACCAAUAAUAGCAGUAAGAAGAAUAAUGCAGAACAACUAUUUUUGCUGGACUGUGGGUGCUGUUCUGGCUCUGUAAUGUGUGUUUUGGAGGCUGUGCCGUUUUUGAAUUUUUGGUUCUGUCCUUUGGAUGUUAUGCUAUGAGAUAGGUGGUUCUAAUGCUUCUGCCAUCGAUUCGGGUGUCUCUGCCCAUUGCAAUCCUCUGGAAUUUUGAAUUUUGAUUAGUAUUGUACGUUGGAUAUACACUUGGUUAGGAUGGAGCUCCUUUGUACUUGUGAUUUAUAGAAGUCAAAGGUUAUUUGAUUUACCUUGUGUAUUAUCAAUGGCUAUGUAUUUAAAAAGAGAAAAAAAGAGAAAAAAACAAAGAAGAAAAAACUAGGAUAAAACUUAAAAGAAAGAAAGAAGUAAAUCUUUAACAAACCUUAAAGAGGCUUUCUUCUGGAAUUAGUGUUACUAAUGUUAAUGAAGAAAAGUCAGCACAAGGUAAAUCUGUAAAGAACAUGGAAUGUAUCUUAGGUAAAGAAUAUGGUGUACUGAGUGUGCCAUUUUUUAUUCAAAGUUUGCAACUGUGUUUUGAUGAAUUUCAUUGAGACUGAAAUUUAAGGGACCAAAAGCAACAAUGAGUGUGAUUCAGAAGUUUUUCAUUGCUUCAAUGUUCAUGUGGGCUGUCCCUGUUGCAAUUCUGUAUGGUUUUAACAAUAAUCUGUUUCCUGGAACAGACAAUUUGUCCCCUUACUCUGUGACACUAGUGAGUGGAUUUCUUGCGGUUAUAUCAGUUAACGUAGUCAUAGCAUUUUACAUAUACUUGGCGAUGAGGGAACCUGCCGAAAAACACGAGCCAGAUCCCAAAUUUCUCGCUGAGGCCAAGGCUAGUAUGAAGCAGCCAACAACUGAUGCUCCGCAAUCUUCUGACUCUCAGAAGAAAGAACAGUAGGCUGUGUCCUUAGGCAGUUAGCCCUCUUUGUUGUACUGUUCUUCUUAGGAAGGAUAGGAGAGAAGGGGAUGAAGGGUGAAGGUCCUGAAUUGUGCACGCUUGAUCAUAUCUUAGUUAUGACGUUUGCAUAUGAUCCAUGUUGUGCACAAUCUCUGUUUUAUUCUGACAGUAUUUUAUGUAUCUACUGAUCAAUUUGCCGCUCCAUUGCACAGGGUAUGGACAAUUGUUAUUUCUUCGUUAUAAAAUUUUUAAUAAUUUAAAGGGUCACUCUAGUAUACAGAUACCAUUUCAUACAGAUUUACAGAUUUAUAUAAUUAAAGAACACGUGUAGCAAAUGAUUCGGAAUCGUAAUCAGGUUGUCUGAAUGCUUGUGAAGCCUUGUUGAAAAGUCCAAGCCAAGCCGGCCGCUUUACAUAUUUUCCUACUUGUCCUAAUUGUCCAGCAAUUAUAG